AUGUCGAGCUACAUAACAAACUUCUUCCCCAGCGGCGGAAAGCAGGAUGGGACUAGGCCGCAGACUCCCUUGAAGUCGGGCACCUCGAGCUUCGUCAACCCCGUCAGCACACCCCAGGGGAGUCCCAGCAAGAGGACGCUCCCUCCUGGCGCCAAUGAGCUACCUGCUGCGUUUGAGUCUAUGAAGCUUUCAACGCCCACCAAGCUCGCGACGUCAUCCAAGCUUGGGACCUCGUCCAAGCUCGGGACACCCAGUGCCCUCGACAGUCCCAUCAAGCUCGGCCGUCCCCAGAGUGUGGCCACACCCCUAUCCCCUGGAAAGAGCAACCUCAAAGACGUGGAGGAUGAUACCUUUGAGGACCUCACGGGCAAUGGCAGUGUUGUUAGUGUCAUCCACAAGCAGGUGGACAAGAGCUUGCCGAAACCAUACCCUAUGCCGCCCACUCCCAGGAGAAAGGAAAGGGAACAGAACCAGGAGAACACACCACCAGCGACCCGGGAUCCCCGCGACCCCCGUGACCCUUCCAGUGAGCCAACAUAUCAGGGAAAUCAGCGCAGCCAUGCUGCCCUCUCCCGGCAGGAACUGUACCAGACCAGGGAGCGCGCCUCGCCCACAGUCAAGAGAUUUAACACGUCAAGAGGACUUACUCCCGAGGAGCGCGAACUACUAAACAAGCCCAACGUCAAGCGAUUGGUCAAUGUGACCCAGCUGUACUUUCUCGAUUACUACUUUGACUUGCUCACCUAUGUUGGACAACGGCAAAACCGCCUGAAUGCCUUCAAGGCCGAAUUUCCUCCACCACCCGAGACCGAUGAGGAGACGUACAAGCAGAUGUGGCACAAGUACGCUGGUCGGGAACGUGCUAAUCUCCGCAAGCGACGAGUGAGACUGCGCCAGGGCGACUUCCAGAUCCUCACCCAGGUCGGCCAAGGUGGAUACGGACAGGUCUUUUUGGCCCAGAAGAAGGACACCAAGGAGGUUUGCGCGCUCAAGGUGAUGAGCAAGAAGCUGCUGUUCAAGCUGGAUGAGGUGCGCCACGUGUUGACGGAGCGAGACAUCUUGACAACCGCCAAGAGCGAUUGGCUGGUGCGCUUGCUGUACUCCUUCCAAGAUGACAAGAACAUUUAUCUUGCCAUGGAGUACGUUCCUGGAGGCGAUUUCCGUACGCUGCUGAACAAUACUGGCGUUCUCUCGAACCGGCACGCUCGUUUCUACAUCGCCGAGAUGUUUUGCGCUGUUGAUGCUCUUCACCAGCUGGGUUACAUUCAUCGCGAUCUCAAGCCCGAAAACUUCUUGGUCGACUCGACUGGCCAUGUCAAGCUUACCGACUUCGGUCUUGCGGCUGGUUUCCUUGCCCCUGCCAAGAUCGAGUCGAUGAGGAUUCGUUUGGAGAAGGCAUCUGAGACCUCGGUGCCGUUUGGCAAGCCAAUGGACCAGCGAACCGUUGCCGAGAGAAGAGAGGGCUACCGGACAAUGCGUGAUCGGGAUACCAACUACGCCAAGUCGAUUGUUGGAUCUCCAGAUUACAUGGCGCCUGAGGUGCUGAGGGGCGAGGAGUACGAUUAUACUGUCGAUUACUGGAGUUUGGGUUGUAUGCUGUUUGAGGCUCUGACAGGUUUCCCGCCUUUUGCUGGAUCUACCGCAGACGAGACUUGGCGCAACCUCAAGCACUGGAAGGAGGUCCUCAAGCGUCCGGUCUGGGAAGAUCCCAACUACUUCCUCAGCAACCGGACAUGGAGCUUCAUCACGACUUGCAUCAACUCCCGAUCGCGCCGCUUCAACAACAUUAAGGAUAUCUAUGCGCACCAUUACUUUGCCGAGGUCGACUGGGCCAUUCUGCGCGAGACUAAGGCUCCGUUCGUGCCCGAGCUGGACUCGGAAACCGAUGCCGGCUACUUUGACGACUUCAGCAACGAGGCCGACAUGGCCAAAUACAAGGAGGUGCAUGAGAAGCAGCAAGCGCUCGAGGGCUUGGCUGAGCGUGGCGAGGAGAUGAACAAGGCCUUGUUCGUCGGAUUCACGUUCCGUCACCGCAAGCCGGCGACAGAUGAUGGCGCGAGUCCCAGGAAGCCAAUUCCGUUCGAGGACAGCAACACUUUUGGUACGAUGCUGUAG